CAUCUGGAAGAGCUUAUGCAUCCAGUCAGUCCCUGAAAAGGCCUCCCAGACUCAAGAUGUCCUUCAUCCCGGUGCCUGCAAACUCAGACUUUUCCUUCCAGAACCUUCCAUAUGGCGUUUUCUCCACCGCUGACAACCCUCGUUGCAGGAUCGGAGUGGCCAUCGGGGACCAGAUCCUGGACCUCAGCGUCAUCCUCUCCCUCUUUCAGGGGCCACUCAUGUCCAAGAAUCAGGGUGUCUUUGAGCAGCCCACCCUUAACGCUUUCAUGGCUCUGGGAUUCGAGGCCUGGAAGGAGACGAGAGCAACCCUGAAGAGCCUUCUGUCGGCCACCGACAGCACGCUGAGAGAUGAUGUCAGUCUUCGCAGCAGAGCGUUUGUCCAUCAGAGCGCAGCCACCAUGCAUCUGCCUGCAGAGAUCGGUGACUACACGGACUUCUACUCCUCCAGAGAUCACGCCACGAACGUGGGCAUCAUGUUCCGGGGCAAAGAAAACGCUCUCAUGCCAAACUGGCUGAGGCUCCCGGUGGGAUACCACGGCCGGGCGUCGUCAGUGAUGGUCUCCGGGACACCCCUGCGUCGGCCGUCGGGACAGAUGAGGCCUGAUCAAACCAAACCACCCGUGUUCGGCCCUUCCAAGCAGCUGGACAUCGAACUGGAGAUGGCCUUCUUUGUUGGAGGAGGAAACACUCUGGGAGAGCCCAUACCCAUCGAGAAGGCCCACCAGCACAUCUUCGGCAUGGUGCUGAUGAACGACUGGAGCGCGCGCGACAUCCAAGCCUGGGAAUAUGUUCCCCUUGGACCUUUCCUUGGGAAGAAUUUUGGUACCACCAUCUCUCCAUGGGUGGUUCCGAUGGAGGCCUUGCUACCAUUUGCUGUCCCCAAUGCUCUUCAGGACCCGGAGCCCCUCCCAUACCUGCAACACACAGACCCGUACACUUUCAACAUCAACCUCUUCGUGUCAGUGAAAGGGCAAGGCAUGGCUGAGUCAGCGGUCAUCUGCAAGUCAAACUUCAAGCACAUGUACUGGACCAUGAAGCAGCAACUGGCCCAUCACACUGUCAACGGCUGUAACCUGCGACCCGGUGACCUGCUGGCUUCUGGAACCAUCAGUGGACCGGAUCCAGAGAGUUUCGGUUCCAUGCUGGAGCUGUCGUGGAGAGGAUCCAAGACUAUUGAUCUGGGAGGCGGAGAAACUAGAACCUUCCUGUUGGACGGAGAUGAAGUUACCAUCACAGGACACUGUGAAGGAGAGGGCUACAGGGUGGGCUUUGGAAGCUGCAGCGGCACCGUCCUGCCGGCCCGGCAACACUGAAACACAUGCCUGGGUAGAAAGGACCUGAUGUCGGCGCUGGUUAAUAAUUGAUGCUCACCUCUCUGAGCACUGACCUUGUUACUGAAAGCCUCUGCAAUAUUGAUUCCACCUUGCGUCACUCUGUGGCUCCUACAUCAGUGUUAUUAUUCAUCUGUUACGUGUUUAAAUGCGCUGCAUAAUAAAAUGAUGCCCUUUGAUUCCA